AUGGUGCUUCCCAUGCUGAGGCUGCCCAUCGUCAGGCGCUCCGGCGAGUCGCCAACUCCGUCGGACUGCGGAGCAGAUGGCCCAGUCCUUUGCUGCAGCUCCUCGGACAUGCCGCCGUCCGACCGGGGCGGCGGGUGCAGCAUCGCGGUGAGGAACACCUUCGUGGACGUGUCCCCCCCGCUGGGCGACGAGCAGUCCGAGUGGGAGCUCCGGGGGGCCCAGACGUGCAGGGCGAGGCUGCUGGAAGCGGGGCGGCCGCCGCCGCUCGCGCUGGCGGAGGGCCCCGACGCUGCCGGCAGCGACGCCGCGGGCACGGGCGCGCACAGCGCGGGGGGCUCCCCGUGGGCGGGCCCGUUCGGCGACUCGCCCGUGGCGCUCGCCCGCUUCGGCGGGGCCCCGCCCGCCGAGGAGCUCGUGGAGGUGGUGCUGCGGGUCCCCCUGUGGGUGCGGGCCGGGCACGCCCUGGCCAGCGAGGCGCCAGGCGGCCUCGUGGCCGACGUGGCGCACGAGGGCGGCCAGAUCGUGCUGCGGCUGCGCAUCGGCGCGGGGCGGCCCGGCGACGUCUCGCUGGCGUCCCCGCCCGCCGUGGCGGUGGCCGGCGCCGAGGCUUGCAGCCCCAGCGCCUCGGAGGGCAGCAGCGCGCCCGCGCCGCCGAGGCGCCCGAGCGGCGGAGGCGCCCCGGCGGCGCGGGGGGCGGGCGAGCGGAGCCUGAUGGUCUGCCGCCACUGGAAGAACAAGGGCUGGUGCAGGCUCCAGGACGACACCUGCAUGUUCCAGCACCCCAGCCACAAGAGGGGCGUGGGCCGCGCGGCGGCGGGGGCGACGCCGGCGCCGGCCAGGCAGCAGCAGGUGGUGCCGAGCCCUGCGACACAGCCCGGCGCUGAGAGGGCUGGGCUUGGCUUCCCGACACAGUUGGACCCGCGUUCCCGCUCUCGCUGCCGCCCGCCUUCUCGCCGAGGCUUCCAGCGCCACUCUCGCAGAUGUUCUUCUUGCCCCCGUGGGCCGAAGCGGUUGCGACUGAGGCGGCGGCUACGGUGGACAGAUCGUGCCUGGGGGCUGGUGGAGUUGCCGCGGCGGUGA